AACAAGGAUGAUUCUCUCACCCUCCCAGUCCCAGCUGUGAGGGAGACCCCUAGUCAUUUGCUCUAUUGCAUUUACCCUGUCUUUUCUUCUCAGACUCCUAAAAAGCAGUGGGAAAAUGCCACCUGGUUGGUGACGGAGUUUGUGCUGGUGGGUUUCUCCAACCUCCCAGGCCUGAGGACCACGCUUUUCACGUUGUUCUUCCUCAUGUACCUAGUCACCCUCAGCGGCAAUGUCACCAUCAUCACCAUUAUCCAUGUGGAUCGGAGCCUUCACACACCCAUGUACCGCUUCCUGGCAGUGCUGUCCCUCUCCGAGACCUGCUACACGCUGGUCACCAUCCCUAACAUGCUGGCCCACCUGCUCGUGGAGAGCCAGGCCAUCCCCAUCGCCGGCUGCCGGGCGCAGAUGUUCUUCUUCCUGGGUCUGGGUUGCAGCCACUGCUUCCUCCUGACCCUGAUGGGCUAUGACCGCUACGUAGCCAUCUGCCACCCUCUGCACUACUCGGUGAUCAUGAGGCCUACAGUCUGUCUCUGCCUGGGAGCCCUGGUUUUCUGUGGUGGGCUCUCAGUGGCCUUGAUCGAGACCAGCAUGAUCUUCUCCUCGCCUUUCUGCAACAGCAACCGUGUGGAGCACUUCUUCUGUGACAUCGCCCCAGUGCUGAAGCUUAGCUGCGGGGAGAGUGCGGGCAAAGCUCUGGCCAUCUUCUUCCUCAGCGUCCUCGUUGUGCUGGUCUCCUUCCUCCUCAUCCUCCUCUCCUACGCCCUCAUCGGGGCUGCCAUCCUGAGGAUCCGCUCGGCCGCCGGCCGCCACAGGGCCUUCUCCACCUGCGCAGCCCACCUCACGGUGGUCAUUGUGCACUUUGGCUGCGCCUCCAUCAUCUACCUGCGGCCGGAGUCUGGAGGAAACCCCGACCAGGACCGCCUGGUGGCUGUCUUCUACACGGUGGUGACACCGCUGCUGAACCCCGUGGUGUACACCCUGCGCAACAAGGAGGUGAGGGUGGCUCUGAGGAGGACGCUGGCACGAAGCUGCGGGGUUUCUAAAUAAACGCUUGCUCUGCAAUCCUGCUCUGGCUUUCCCAUGACCGUGUGCCCCCGCCUGACAUUCAGUUUCCUCACCUGGAAAACGGGGGCCGCUCCCAGAACCUUAAAUGAAAUGCGCUAUUUCAUGAGGCAAUGGACAAACAGUUCCUGAGACCUAGCACGCACUCUGUAAAGGCUUCCUUUUCCUUUCUUCUUGAUUACCUUGGCUUUGUGGGGGUGGCGGGUGGAGUGCAAUACGGUCUGAAAUGCAGGAUAGUUGCCUGUGGAGGGCGCCAAUGGCCCUGCCCAACCUUGACAGGCGGUGGAAGGUAGUAAUUUAGGCAGCAGCGAGCAGGGACUGAUACCAGGACCAGCACCCCUUUAUUUUGUCUUAUUCGGAACUUCUCCGACUUUUUUUGGAGGGGUGCUGUUUGCCACCAACCCAAGGCUGCCCUUACUUUUUCCUGUGGGAUUGCGAGCUCAACUGCUGUUGUUUUCACGAUUGUCCUCCGCCUCUCUUUCCUCUGGAGCCUAU